AUGGGGCUUCCCAGAGGGUCCGGGGGUCUGCACCUGGGCCCUGAGCCCAUCCCCAGCUCCAUCCCCCAACAUGCCCCACCCUUUCAGUAUCAGGAGGCUCCCAUUACCUCUGGGAAAAAGCAGGGUUGGACCACCUCCCUGCUUCUAGUGGCCACCCCCCCACCCCCCACCCCCAGCAGCCUGUCCUUUAAUGAGAUGGCAGUGUUUCUCAAAGUCUAAUAUGCCUUCAAAUCGUCUGUGAUCUUGUGAAAAUGCCCAGUUCUGAUUCAGGUGCUCUGGGUGGGGCUGGGAUUCUGCACUUCCAACAAGCACCCGGGGAGGCUGACCAUGCUGAUCCAGGGACCACAUCAGUAGACUUUUGGUCGUAGUCAGACUGGCCUGGGCUCUUUCCCUGCACUGACACUUUCCAGACACUGUUACUGAGCCUUAUCCAGCCUCAGUUUUCUCAUCUGUCAGAGGGGUAGACUGUCACUGGCUGGCAGGAUAGUUUGCCAUUGAUCUGCUCAACAGAUGUUCCCUGGGUGCCAUCUAUGUGCCACACACUGUUGUGGCCUCUGAGGAUUUUCAGUGAAUAUAUCAGGGCCUGCUCUCAAGGUGGCUGCCGGAGGGUGAUGGGGCGGGGGGCGGUGGUCAACCAACAAGCAAGCACAGCACCUUAGCAGAGUGAUAAGUGCCCCCGGGGAGAAAACACAGGGCAAUGUGAGAGAGUGAGCAAACGGGGAGGUCCUCUGAUGGGGAGGGCAGAGGUCUGGGACAGCCCUACACCGACCAUCCUAUUUGGAUUUGGGGUGGUGUUAGGGAAGGAGAAUGUGAUGUCGAAAGUAGACUUGGAAGAUGAGGAAGAGGUGGACAGGGGAAAGAGUAGGGCAAAGAGCGAGCAGGAAGGACGGGAGGUGUGGGAGUCAGAGUAGGCGGUGGCUCUGGGACUGUACUAUCGAAGGGGCGGAGCUGGAGAUGUCAGUGGAGGUCAGGUCACUAAGGCCUGGCCUUGAAGAAAAUGGACUUUCUCCUGGAGCAGUGGAAAGUCUGGGGGUGGGGUCCAGCAGAGAAAUAGCAUCAUCAUAUUUGUAUGUGGAAAAUGGACUGUAGUGGGCCAGGAUGAAUUGGGAGGCCUGUGAGGAGAUGAGGGCAGCUCCCCAGCCCCUCAAGGCUGGAAAAGCCCGGCACUGAAGUGAGGAAUAGAUGAGACUCUAAGAGGUGCCUGGCAAGCCUAGCUCUACACAUGGUACUAUUAUUCCAGGAGUGAGGAGGGGUGGGAAUAGGAGUGGAAGCCCCAGCUUCAGCCUCUUUAAGAGCCUCUCAUCCAGCAGUAAAACUGACAGCAUGGACAGGGAGAGUUUGGGCUGCAGGGAACUUAGAUUAGGGGUCAUCUGUCUGGGGUGAGGAGAGGCCUCGCUGGGAUCUGGCAGAUCUUGGACAGGGAGGGAGAGGGCUGCCGUGUGUCGCAGCUUCAACGCCUUUUGCAUGUUCCUUCGGUGGUGUAAUGAGCGACCAAGCCAGAUGUGGAGACCCCAUCUGCCGGCCCUGCCUCUGCAACAGCGCCCAAAGAUCGGCUGUGUCCCCGCCAGCGACCAACGUGGACACUGCCCAGCUCCUGGAGCGGCUGCCUGGGCCGAGGCCUCGCUCCAGUGUAAUCGCCUGACGGCCAGGCGCAGCCCGACCCUGCAAACGCAGCCCCGCGGAGCCAUUACACCACCCGGGACAUGCAAAGGGCGCCCCCGGCGGCCGCUGCGGGAGCCGGGCCUGAGGGAGACGCACCUCCCUCCCCUCUCUUGUCUUCCCCGCCUUAGCUGAUGGCCGCCAGCUCGUGCUGCUACCCCCGCGAGGGCUGGAGGUACUCCCGCGAGCACAACGGCAUCCUUGGGCCCUUCGGCGAACUCAUGACUGAGGACGACAUCCUCCGCAUCGAGCAGCAAAUCGAGAACCUGCAAGUGCUGCACAAGGCUCAGAAGCUGGAGGCGCGCCUGGUGCAGCUGGAGCUGGAGCUGGAGCAGCUGCUGCCCAUCUCGGCUGCCCUGUCGGCGCCGCGUUUCACCGUCGACCCGCGCCGAAUGCACGGCCGCGCCGCCAGCCUGCCCGCCUGGUGCAGCAAGAUCUCCAGGCUGCUCAAGAGCAUGGCCACGCUGCUGGCCGCGCUGGGCGGACGGCCGGCGCACUUGGCCGAACUACUGGCCGCGGACACAGGCCAGCCGCUAGCGCCGCUGUCGGACGCCCCCUGGCGGCCUGGCCCGCUCUGUAUGGGCCGCUCGCAUUCGCUCAGCUGGUGCCGCGAGGCCGUGGCGCGCGAGAUCUUCGAGUGCGGCGUCUCGGUGCAGCACCUCCGCGCCACCUACGAGCGGCACGCCCAGGGCCCGGCCCCCGCGCGCGGCCAGCGCCGAAAGCUGUCUCUGCCCGCCGGCGCCCCGGGCCGCGAACCUAUCCUCGAAGAGGACUAUGUGGCGGCUGGCCCCGGCAAGUCUAUCGCCGCCGGAGCCGCCAACGGCCUGCCGGCCGCAGGGGAGCCUCUGGGCGUCCUGGGCCCGCCCGAGGCGCCGGGCCGCCAGGCGGCGCUGCCCGAGCUCGGACAGCCGGCGCGCAGGCCGUCGUUCUCCACCGAACUGUGCGGCGUCCAGGACUACAUUGACAUGCGCAAGGAGCGCAUCGUCCACCUCUUCUUGGAGCACUGGCGCAAGUGGACCUUCCGCGGCCCCGGGCGCCAUGCCCAGGUGCGCCUGCGCAGACUGCUGCCCCGCGUGGUGGCCGCCGGCGCCCGCCCAGGCCCCGAGGCCGCGGACGCUCCCCCGCCGCCGGCGGGCGACGGCCCGGACGAGCGGCUGUUGCGCCUGCUGAAGCAGCGGCAGGUGGUGGGCAAGCUGCUGGGCCACUGGCGGAGCCUGCUGCGGCGGGUGCCGGCUCCCCAGCCCCGCGGCCCCGGUCUGGCGCAUGGCUUGUACUGGCCCGAGCACUUUCUUCCGCCCCUCGACGGCGGCGCGCCCCCGAGCUACGACAGCCUCACCCUCGACCUUUUCAUGCUCGGCUAUUUCCAGCUGCUCGAAAUGGGCCUGACCCGCCAGGAGCGCAAGUUCCGCCACCUGCUGUGCUAUGAGAUGUUCGACCGGCUGGGCAGCUACCCAUGGGAGCUCAUCCGUCUUUUCCACCGCGUGGUGCUCGAGGAGGUGGAGGCCGGCCGGCGCGACUGGAGCGACGGCUUCGAGGACCUCAGGCGCCAGUUCUUCGGAGAUACUCCGGAGGCUGAGCCGGCCCAGGAGGAGGAGGUGGAGGAACAAGAGGAAGGGACAGAAGAGGAGAGGGAGCCAACCGAAGAGGCCACUCCAGCUCAGAGGGGGGACUGGCCAGAGGGGCAGCCUGAGGCCUCCUCCCCUGCGCCACAUCCCCCACCCCCACCAGCCGAGCCUCCGCCUACGUCGGACCCUCCUAGUUAUGAAGCCCCUGUCGAAGACCCCCUGGAGCUGGUAUCUGAGAUGGGCGAGUUCAGCAAUGAGGACAUCUGCCGAUAUAUUGACCGCAGCUUCUCCUUCUGGAAGGAGAAGGAGGCAGAGCUUUUUGACAUCUGAGCUGUAGAAUUCGGAAUUUACCCUCAAUCUCAGCCUGGGCCUCCAGAGGCCAGAAGCUGGCAGGAAGAAGCUCGGACAGGACGGAUGAAUGGCCUUGAAAAACCCAGAGUGUCCAGGACCAGGCUGCCUCAGCCUUUGAGAUCCCAUCGUGGCCAGAUGUGGGGCGUUGGCCAGAAUGGGCAGGGCAUGGAGCGGGUCAAACCAGGUGUCCCCCUCUGGGUCUGCAGCGUUUCCUGGCUCUGAGUGGAGCCAGGUGGAAGCAGCAGCCCCUCUGAGUGAGGGACUGUGGGUCCCCCUUGGAGCAGUGUGGCUCUUCCUCGCUUUGGUUUUUCACUGGCUUUCACAGCUACCUCUUAGGCUCGGGUCGAGGGAGCCUUGUACGCAGUGUUCAUGUGACGUGUGCAGGCCCUUUCUCCUCUGUAAUAUGCAAGUAAUAAAUGUCUUUGCUGUAA